AUGAAUAUCUCCGUAUACAAUAUUUUUAAUUUAUUAAUAGCUUUUAACUUAUUAUCAAAUAUAUUUAGCAAUGUAUUACCAUUAUAUAAUAAUGGAUUCAUGUUAAAAAAUGGAAGAAAUCUUGCAGAAUCGGAUCCAUUACCUGGAAUAUCCGAAGAAACUCAUAUAGCUGCAUCCCCUGUGUAUGACGACUACCAUAGAUAUAUGUACAGUUUUACUUAUUGGGAGAAAACACUUUCUUUGGAUAUGUUGAGUAAAUUUUCUCGUUGGGAUAGGGUUUCAGUACUUGAAUCUAUGUCAGGUAUUAAGGAAUUCAUUUAUCGUAGAUAUAGAUUUGAAGGAAUGAAGUUAUCAUUUGAAGAAUUAGAGAAAUUAUGUAGCAGAAUCGUUGACCGUAGUAUAGGAAUUCUAGAUAAUCCAAACAAUAUGAAUAAAAUGAGGGAUACUAUAAAUAUAGAGAGAGAAGUAUGUGAAGAAAUAGUGAAUGAUUCAAGUGCUGGAGGAAAUCUAGAAGAAAUCAUUAAUAAGAAAGAUGAAAUACUAAAUAAAGUUACUUCAAAAUUAUGGUCAAGAAGAAUUUUCUUAUCAGAUAAAGAGAUAGAAGAGAUGACUCACAGAAUAAGUGAAUCUUUUAAAGGUGCUAUUUCAACAUAUAAUGAACAAGAUUCUAUAGAAGAAAAUAUUACUGAGAAAUUAGAACUACAUAAUGUUCCAUUAGGAAAAGAUGAAUAUAGGAAAAUGGAAAGUAGAAUAUAUUAG